CGUGCCAAACUAAAACGACUCUCUCUCUUCUCUCUCUCUCUAACAUUCUCCAUAGAUUUUCCUCUUUCGUGAUUCUCGCCUGAUUAAUCUCUCCGUUGAGAUCUUCAUCAUCUGCCCUAAUUCUUCUUCUUUCGUAACCGCUAAACUGUGUUAGUAUACCCACUGAUCGGUUCAUCUCACGAGCAACCGAAGCUGUUGAGAUCGCCAUCGAUAUUUUAUGGUGAUUUGAAGUCAAGUGGUUAAUCUAGGGAAGAAAUGUUGAUGGGUUUAGAAAAUCAUUUGAAUACUCGAUCAGCUAGAGUUGAAUCAGGGGAAAUUAGAUCAUCACUAAGAAUGUAGAAACCAUCGAUAGUUUGAUAUCUGAUGCCAUCAAAGAUAAUGCCGAUGGAAGAGGGUAAAGAUAAAGAUCCAAUUUUGGUUACUAGAACGAGUCAAUCUAGGGUUUUACCUCAAAGGCUGCUACAGAUGCUUUUGGCUUUUCUGAUCUUAUGUUUAGUAUUUACAUUUAUUAGUCUUUACAUGAUUAGAUACUUUGGAGUAUAUAAUCCUGUGACUAUGGUAACACCUAGCUUCAAAGAAUGUAUUGAAGUACCUAAUAGCAUAAAGAAUUGGAUUAAACCUCCAUCUAAUUUGUUGCAUACAAUGACUGAUAAAGAGUUAUUCUGGAGAGCAACUUUUGUUCCGAGAAUUAAGAAGUAUCCAUUCAAGAGAACUCCCAAAAUUGCUUUCAUGUUCUUAACUAAGGGACCAUUACCAUUGGCUCCUCUUUGGGAUAGAUUUUUUAAGGGCCAUGAAGGGUUAUAUUCGAUAUAUAUUCACUCGCUGCCAUCUUAUCAACCGGAUUUUCCAUCCUCUUCUGUUUUCUACAAGAGACAGAUCCCGAGUCAGUUAUCAGAAUGGGGAAGAAUGAGCAUAUGCGACGCGGAGAGGCGACUCAUCUCCAACGGAUUACUCGACAUCUCAAACGAAUGGUUCGUGCUUCUCUCGGAAUCCUGCAUACCCCUCUACAACUUCAGCGUCGUAUACCGUUACAUAACGAGAUCCAAAUACAGCUUUAUCGGAGCAUUCGACGAUCCCGGACCAUACGGAAGAGGACGAUACGAUCCAAACAUGGCACCGGAAGUAAACAUCACCCAUUGGCGAAAAGGAUCACAAUGGUUCGAAAUUAAUCGCAAAUUAGCCACAUAUAUAGCGGAAGACACAACUUUUUACCCCAAGUUUUCGGAAUUUUGCAAACCCGCAUGUUACGUAGACGAGCAUUACUUCCCGACGAUGUUAACUAUUCAGGCUUCUCAUAUGUUGGCGAAUAGAAGCAUAACAUGGGUCGAUUGGUCUAGAGGCGGUGCCCACCCGGCUACAUUUGGUAGGUCCGAUAUAAAAGAAGCGUUUUUGAAGAAGAUGGUGGAAGGUUAUAGUUGCGUUUAUAAUAACCAACCGUCGUCGAUAUGUCAUGUUUUUGCGAGGAAGUUCUCUCCUAGCGCGUUGGAAGCUUUGUUAUUGGUUGCGCCAAAGUAUUUCGGGUAUUGAAAAAAAUAUAUUUACCAUCCUUAUUAUUAUUUUUUACUAUAUAAUAUUACAAUGUUACAUAUGCUAGAUUGAUUGAGGUUAAACUAGUACUACUAGAAAAAAUGAACUAUAUAUUAUUAUUAUUAUUAUGUUAAUUAGUACUCUUUUAAUAGUAUAGAACAAGG